UCUCGGACAGUCGUGGAUUCAACCAUGACGAUGUACACUUUGACUCUCCUGUGCACCUUGGGCCUCAUUGCUGCACUUCAGCUACCUGGAACCUCAGCGUUCUGGUUCUUUGACUCUUCUUCUGAGGAAGACACUGGACAGGGUGGAGGAGGCAUUAGCACGGGCUCCACUUCCUCAGAACAGGCUCAGAUUGUGAACAAGCAUAAUGAACUGAGAAGAAAGCAAAGUGCAAGCAACAUGCUGGAAAUGAGCUGGAGCAGUGAGGCUGCAGCCAACGCUCAGAGAUGGGCCAACACCUGCUCCAUGAAGCAUAGCUCUGACAGCUCCAGAAAGAUCAGCACUAGUGGCUGUGGAGAGAACCUGUACAAGUCUAGCUACAAAAACAGCUGGAGCAACGCUAUCCAGUCCUGGUAUGACGAGGUGAAGGACUGGCGCUACGGAGUGGGAUCCAUCAAUGGAGGAGUGGUCGGCCACUUCACACAGGUUGUGUGGUACAGGUCCAACCAAGUUGGCUGUGCUAUGGCCCACUGUCCCAACUCGAGAAAAUACAAAUACUUCUACGUCUGCCACUACUGCCCACCUGGAAACUAUGGGUACACUCACCCCUACCGGUCAGGACGCAACUGUGGUGACUGCCCCCAUGCCUGCAAAAACAGACUGUGCACCAACCCCUGUCCUUAUCUCGAUCAGUACGGUAACUGUGCAUCCCUGAAGCGGAAGUCGGGCUGCAGUGGCAAAGUGGGCUCUUGGUGUCCAGCCUCCUGCAAGUGCAGCGGCAAGAUCAUUUAAAUCCCCACAUGGGCUCUGACUCAUCGGUCAGUUAAUAAAUAUACUCUGCACUAAAGCUUGUGUCCUUGUGAUUUAAUUCUUGAGUCUAUUUGACCUCUUCAGAAAUCAACA